CAUAAUUGGAAAGCGCUAACUUUCUAAUGUUUAAAGCCUCGACAAUAAUUGAAUUGCGAUUUGUCCAACAGAGAGCGUUCUCUUGUUUAUUAUCCAAUUUGUUACUGUCAUUCAUAUAAUGUCAGCCACGGCUCCUUUAGAUUCUUCUGAUGUUACUUCUCCAGGUUCGUUUCCCCUUGUAUCUCGCUGUUAAUGGUGGGGAACCUCAUGUUAUCAAAAUUCCCACUGAUAAAAUAAUAGCAAAAAAGAAGAAUAACAAGAAGAAGAAGCAUGCUAAAUCGAAAUCAAACGGAGAGAUCCCUCAGGGUCAAGACCAAGGAGAGGACCCUACAGUAAACGUGGCAGAAGAAGGGAAUGCAGAGGAAUCUGAACAGUCAACUGUGGUACGAAUGACACCUGUUCAUUACUCAAUUUACAGCAAACAUAAGCGCAUUCUGACAAUUAUCGGCAGAAUACUCCAAAAGAUUCUCAUUUUCUAGAAAGCACAGAUUCGCAGACGAAUGGCCCCAAAAAUGACUCUGCAAGUAAUGGCCAUGCGGUUGCGCAAACACAAUCUAGCACCAGGGAGGCAGAAGGCUCCUCGGAAAAGAAUGGUUCAGAUGCAUCAGAUGCAAGCAUUCGACUGGAGGCAAUGACGGCAGAGCGGCAGGCAUUGCGCGCUGAAGUUGAACAAUUGCGAAAAUCUCUGGAGGACAUUCAGGGCAAGCAUUCGGAAGAGGAUUCAACAGCUAAAGGUCAAUACUCCGAGAAUCUAUCAUCUGUCGAAGAAAAGUACAAAGAUGAGAUUGCCACAUUAAAGAGUCAACAUGCAGAGGAAAUUUCCACGGUUCGAGCGGAAUUGGAGGAGACUGAAUCUUCAAGAGAAAAUUGGGAAUCUCAAUAUCACACAUUACUUACACGCGUCAAUACGAUCAAAACUACCUUGGGGGAACGUUUAAAAGCGGAUAAAGAAGAAUUGGCGGAAGCUAACGAGAAAAUCGAAGAUUUGGAAUCACAAGUGGAAUCAUAUCAAAGCACUACCCAAGGAUUGCAGGACGAGGUUUCCAAACUACGGAAUGAGAUGAAUGAAUCUUCCAAAGAGCUUUCGAGCAUACGAAACCGCAAUAGUUUAUCACAACAGAAUUGGGUCCAUGAAAGGGAGGAUUUGAUUCAACAGGCUAAACAUCUCAAAGAGGAAGCAGAUGCCGCAAAGGAGGCCAUGGGGGAUUGGGAGGUUUUAGCUAUGGAAGAGAGAUCUAUAAGGGAGAAUCUGGAAAGUAGAGUUUCUGAUAUGGAGGAACAAUUUUCUGCUCAAAAAGAAGCAUACGAAACGGCAGUCGCCGAACGAGAUAGCCAAUCUCAAACAGUUGAUGGUUUACAACGAGCUCUACAAGAAAUCCAAGAAACCCGGAGACGAGAACUUCGAGAGAUGGUCGAAAGCUACGAGGAGCAAAUUCAAGCCCUCAAGAAAGUCGUCCAGGAUUCAGAUUCUAGAUGUGUUGAGGCUGAAACUUCGAAAGAAGCUCUUAAAACAGAAUUGGAUCGACUUCUGCCUUUUGAAAAGGAAGUGAAGGAAAAGAACUUAUUGAUUGGUAAACUUCGUCAUGAAGCUAUUGUGAUCAAUGAUCACCUCACAAAAGCCUUGAGAUUUAUUAAGAAGUCAAAAGUCGAGGAUAAUGUUGAUAGGUAUGGUACAAUAACACUACUAAAAUGGAUUUAUGACUAAUAAUGUGCAGACAAGUCGUCACAAAUCACUUUUUACAUUUCCUCUCCUUGGAUCGUUCAGAUCCAAAGAAAUUUCAAGUCCUUCAAGUUAUUGCUUCACUAUUGAACUGGACAGAUGAGCAAAAGGAGCAAGCAGGUCUAGCCAGACCAGGUGCUUCAAGUAAUAGUUUACGUCUACCAAUGUCACCAUUUCAUCGAACACCAAGCACGCCAUCAUUACCCACGGAGUUUUUCACGGAACCUUCGAGCGCCCGGAAAGAGUCUCUCUCAGAACUCUGGACGGGAUUCUUAGAAAGAAGUGCGGAAGAAGGAAGUGUUAAAGAUAAGGAUAGUAGAAGUGGAAGUGUUAGUAGUUCAACUACUCUUGCAACAAAAUAGGAUAUUAGGAUAGGUUUUUACUUUGUGGAAUAGAUUUAGGUGUAUAUUAGCUACAUUGCAUGGGCGUUCUUCGGGAGCGAUGCUAGGGUGUUGUCACGGUCGUCAUGAUUCUUUCGCGAAUUGUUGUGUUAAAAGGGUUUUUCCUCAUGGCGUUGGUUCUGACUCCUUUUUUCUCAUUUUGGGACAAAUAGCAGAACGAGAUUUGGUUGUCUUACCGCCCAAAAUGAUGUCGUUCAAGGAGAAUUUCAACAUUCAGGUUUCUUGACUACAUUAUCUGUUUGUUUGCAUGUGUCAUUAUUUGAU